ACUCAGCUUUUUUGGCAGGAAUGACCAGAAUAAAAACAGCAACACCAGACAUAGAAGAGAAAAAAGUGCAAUGAUCCAUCGAACCAAAGGCUUUGCCCUUUCCUAAUUACGUCGUGUCCAGUAUCAUUUUCUUUUUUCCUCCCCUCUUCAUUUUUUGAGACAUUUUUGAAGUGGUAAUUAGCUCUUAGAGAAUAAAACCAGCUGAUUCGGGGAGGGCCAGUGCAUUUUGGGGCGAGAUGGCUAACAGGAGGGUUGCGUUGCUCCUUCUCGGAUUCUUCCUCACCAUACAGCUGAGUCCUUCGCUGCAAGGAGGGGUGUAUGUGCCACCGGGUUCAGCUGGAGCAGGACCAGGAGGUGCUGGAUUGUUACCAGGUGCUGGAUUUUACCCAGGUGCUGGGACGUCCCAAUACAAAGCAGCAAAAGCAGCAGGAGGAUAUGGAGGUGCUGCUGGGACUCAGACAGGAGCUUUAGGGGCUGGAGGUUAUGGAGCUGGUGGUUAUGGUUAUGGUGCUUAUGGUGCAUAUGGUGGUGCUGGAAGAUUUUACCCAGUGGCUGGAGGUCUGAAACCGGCUAAACCAGGUCUACCUGGAGGAGGUCUACCUGGAGGAGGUCUACCUGGAGGUGCUGGUGGAAAGCCUGCUAAAGGAGGGCCAGGUGCAGGAGGAACUGGUCCUGGUUCUGGCCUCCCAGGCCUUGUCAUUCCUCAGACCGGGGUACAAGGACUGGGCCCUGGUGGGGUUGGACCUGGGGGAAAAGCCGCGAAGCCCGGGAAAGCUCCAGUGCCAGGAGUGGGAGUGCCUGGACCUUAUCAAGGAGGACUUGUUCAUGGACAAGGCUUCAAUGGGCGGGGUGUUCUUCCUGGUGUACCCACAGGAACUGGACUCAAACCUAAAUCAGCUGCUGGUGGAGGGCAGGGUCUGGUACCAGGUGGUGGUGGGCGUGGAUAUGGACCACUGCAACAAGGAGUAUUUCACGGAUACCCUCUCAAAUCUCCCAAAGCCCCAGGUGCUGGGUUACCCUACACUGGUGGUAAACUUCCAUACGGUUAUGGUGGUUUUGGUGGAGGUGCUGGACUCCCUGGUGGGAAAGGUGGAGCUGGCUCCAAGCCUGGUUAUCCAACAGGGACUGGUGUGGGGACUUUGGGGGUCUCUGCUGCACAGGCCAAAGCUGCUAAAUAUGGUACUGGAGCUGGUUUUGGUGGGGCUGGAGCUUUUCCGGGUGGUGCUGGUGGACUUUACCCUGGUAUAGGAGUUGGUUUAGGUGGUGUUGGAGCAGGUGGUGCUGGUGGAGUUUACCCAGGGGCAGGAGGUGUGGGUGUUCUUACCCCAGCUCAAGCUAAAGCAGCUAAAUAUGGUGCUGGUCCUGGUGUUACUGGUAUUGGUGGUGUACCAGGCGCAGGUGGACUCUUUCCUGGGGCAGGGGGUCCUGGUGCCCUCUCCCCUGCUCAGGCAAAAGCUGCUAAAUAUGGUGCAGGAGUAGUUCCUGGUGGAGCUGGGAUUCGUCCUGGUGGUGCUGGGAUUGUGCCAGGAGCUGGAGGGGUUUAUCCUGCAACGGGAGGUCUUACUCCCGCUCAAGCCAAAGCAGCUAAAUAUUCCCAACAUUUCGGUGGGGCAGCUGGAACUGGUGUUGGAGGUCUGUACCCUGGAGCUGGAGGUGCACCAGUUGGUGGAGUAGUGGGGGGAGCCGGGGGAAUUCCUGGAACAGCACCAGGGGCUGGAGUGUAUCCAGGUAGAGUGAAGCCUCCUAAAUAUGGAGGAGCAAGAGGGGCCGGUGUUGUCCCAGGCUACGGUUCUGUUGCUGGGUUCGGAGGAGUUCCUGGAGCUGUGCCUGGGGCUGGAGGGUUAGGAGCUGGCGCCAAACCUCCUAAAUAUGGAGUGCCUGGAGGAACAGGUUUGGGGGUCCCCGGAGGAGUACCAGGAGGAGUACCAAUAACUGGAGCAGGAGGAUACCCUGCUGGUGCCAAGGCUCUAAAAUAUGGUUUGGGUGCUGGUGGUGGUUUACCAGGUGGGACUGGUGUUGUGCCUGGAAUAGGUUUGGGUGGAGCUGGUGGAGUCCCAGGUGGAGUUGGAAUAGGAACUGGAUAUGGAGGAUAUGGGACUGGGGCAAAACCACCUAAAUAUGGUGUUCCCGGUGGAGUACCCGGAGGUGUACCUGGAGGGUAUCCAGCAGGAGUUAAACCUCCGAAAUAUGGAGUUGCAGGAGGUGCAGGUACAGUACCUGGUGCAGCAGGAGCGCCACUGCCUGGAACUGGGACGGGACUGACACCAGGAGCCGGGGUUGGAGGAUAUCCUGGUGGAGUCAAACCUCCUAAAACUGGCACUGGGAUCACUGGAACUGGAAUAGCAGCUCCUGGAGCAACACCUGGUGGUGACGUGGUGGUUGUACCGGGUGGCACAGGCAUCGGUGUUCCUGGAGGUACUGGUCUGCCCUUUGCACCAAGUGGAAAACCAGCAAAGCUUCCAACGCUGGCUCCUGCAGGGACUGCUGUACCGGGUCCUGGUGGGGUUUACCCAUAUGGAUAUGGCCCAUUUCCUGGUGGCACUGGAGCAGCUGGAAUUGGAACUGGUGUGUUACCUGGAGCCAAACCUCUGAAAGCCCCUGGUGUAGGGGGAGUUGGAGGGGCAGGACUCGUACCUGGAGCAGGUGGAGGGUAUCCAGCAGGUGUUGGUGUUGGAGCUGGUGCUAAACCACCUAAACCAGGCUACGGCUCUUUGGGUACAGGAUACGCACAGCCAGGUGGUGUAGCUCCAGGAGGAUAUGGAGGAUAUCCACAAGCAUAUCCAGGGGGAUAUGGAGCAGGACUGUCACCACAACAAGCAAAAGCAGCCAAAUAUGGAGGUGGACUGACGGGAUUCCUGGGAGCAGGUUAUCGAGGUGGAGCCGGCUGCCAAGGAAAAUACUGCGGGAGGAGGAGAAAGUAAAGGAUCUCUUGAGAUGUGAAGUGACCUCAAGAAACAUGGUGCUACUGCAUGCUCCAGAGUGUACUUUUGAUACUCAAACAAACAAUCCCAGCAUGCACAAGUGUUAUGUUUUGUACUGAUCGUAAGUAUUUGUAACAAAUCCAAAUUCAGAUCCCCGAACCGUCUAGUGUUUUGUGAAAAUAAUUCCAAUUCUAAUGGCACAUUCCAUCACCUUACUGUUUCCUAGUGUAGGGUUGCAUAUAACCGGGUUGAUUAGCUGGCAAUGCUGUUGUGUAGCUGUAAACGUUUUAACCACCGACCUCUUAUUUGUGUGCGUUUCUGAGUCCAUCCGAAGCUCUUUUGCUCCGUCGCGGUCACGAUCUGGCGCUCUAGACUCUUUCACAUCUUCCAGCGUCCUCGCCGACUCGUGAGUGAAAGCGUCCUGUCAUUCUGUCAUUCUGCUGAUUAAACUCCGGGUUGAAAUGCUUCACAUCUGGCUGUGCUUCAGCUCAGGGGUUUGCCUGUUAUUUUUACCCUUCAGCAGCUUUCUGUGCAGAUGGGCCUUAAGAUUACAGUGCUUUAUGGGUGACUCUCUCUCUCACACACACACACACACACAAAAAGAAAUUAUAUUUUGCAUAAAGAAAAUUAAGCCUGUU